AUGGCGAUGUUAGCAGCGGCCGUGAGGAUGCAAGCCGUACCGGACAUCCAGCAGGCCAUGCGGGAUUUGCCUGCCCCCGAUCCCGUCUUGGUAAGUUCCGGGUCCACGCCGUUCUGGAUGGCGCCCCAGAAUACCAGGAAGGCCAACGGAAUGGACUCGAGGUCGUUCUGCACGAUACGUCGCCAACGGGUCUCGUUAUCCAGUGCGAUCUUGAGCUGCUUCUCGUCCAUGUUCCCCGACAGACCCAUAGCACACACAAGCUGCUUGUCCUCAGCCAUGCGCGUGUUGGCUGCGAACGACUUGCGAGCUUGUAUCAUGGACGUAGCCAGGAACUUGACGUAG